ACCGGUGCCAUAACAGCUCGUAAGACUAUGUCAAGAUAAUUAUAAGCUCGGUCCGUACUGUUUACCGAAACUUUGUUCUGACCACUAAAUGUGGCCUACAAAACCUAUAUAGAGUCACUGACAUACAAGUUGUAUACCCCACUUCGAAGGCUUGAAGCCCCCAGGGAAAUCAUCACCUUACAUCCACACUAAUCUCCAACGUCGCGUACCAUACAUUAUCAACUAUGACUCGUACCGCAGGCCCAAACAUUCUUAGCCAAACCAUCCGAACCGCACCAGGAAAUAUUUCCCUAGAAGUCAGGGAGCCGUUCGCGAAUGCCUUCGAGAAAUUGACCAACACACCAGGCUAUUCACAUGAACUGGCGAAGAAGCUCCAAGUUGUAGAAUUAUCGUACUAUCCAAGUCCUCAUGAGGCAAAAAAGAUGGAAGCUCGCGCGGUUUGUGAACUCACAGUCGACCGAGGGAUGGUGAAUGACGCACAAAUGUUGCAUGGGGGAUGCAGCGCGUUCCUUGUGGAUUUUUGUGGAAGUAUCGUCAUAACGCUUCAUCAAUGCCAUUCCAGGAAGGACUGGGGAAGACAUGUUUCCAAAACGAUCAACAUGACUUAUCAUGCUCCAGCACCCAUAGGCGCCAAGUUGAAGAUUGUGAAUACGACCGUUUCCAUGGGUGCGCAGUCGCGGACGAUGACUUCGCAAACAGAGAUAUACGAUGUGACGAACGGUCGCCUGGUGGCCUCGGGUACCCACGUGAAGAUGGAGCCAUCUGGUGCUAAGCUUUGAGAGCGAACGCCUAUUGUCUGCAAAUCGGAUUGUAUUCGGGAUUCGCUUAUCCGUAUUCUAUGUGUAUCAUCCCUCUUCGGGGCUAAUGUCGCUUUACUUUGGGUUCCGUUACUCUCUCGUAUUCACAUCAUUACGCAUAUUGUAAAUCAUUGCUUAGCACCUUUCUGCAACGUUUCUCGCGCUAUCGAUACAAAUCCUAUUAGAUACAUUUAAAUUGCUACUUCAAAAUCUACUCGCGCUAUCAUCGCCUGCGAUGACAAACCCAUUACUAUUCCUAAUCCCCAUGUAAACUCAUGACAUGAUCUUCACCCUAUGCACGGCGUCUACAAAUCGUUGGACGCCUUUAUGCAGUUUCGUCCUGCUUGAUGUAAGCGAGAGCGUGUGUCUGCUAAACAAUCCUCGGCUUUUCGACAUACCC